AAAGUUUGUUUUAUUUAAACCAAUUUGAAGUGACCCAUUUCUAAUUAAAACUAAACCAAUGAGGUUUUACAAGAGGGAGCUUUUGAUCAAGUCACUUGGAAAUGCAAGUUUGUUUUUAUAGUUGGCAUUUUCUAAACUGACGUGAUUUUGCUUUUUUUGUUCUCUUGGAGGUGAAAACAAAACAAGUUUUCUCUUAGGCUAUACCCUGACUGAAGCACUUCAAAUGAUGGCAGAACACAGACAGCCUUGUGAUCCGAAGGAUGCCACUUACUGCAUGAAUGGAGGGAUAUGUUACACAGUACCAUCUAUGGAUCACCUCUCCUGCAGUUGCCCUGAAAAUUACAAAGGAAGCAGAUGCGAGGAGUACCAGCUUCAGAGUCUUGCUUUGAAUGACCCAGACAAAGGGUUAGUUGCAGUGGUGAUCAUCCUAGUCAUCCUCAUCCUAGUGGUGCUGGCUGUUGUCAUCUAUUAUCUACACAAGAUGUUAAAAGAAGGAAAACAGAACCGACGGGGCCGUGGCCAAGGAUACGAUAUGGAGAAAUCUGGAAAAUGAGGUUUCUUGCCAAAAUGCAGAUUUGCUUGUAACUAGAAUAAUUUUUUUUUUAAUUUUGUUGCAGUUAAUCCGAUUAUUUAGAGACUCUGUAUUUUUCAAGUGUUUGGGAAUUGAAUGCCACAUCUAAUCUUUGAUAAGAGACUAAGAAGUUGUAACUUUUUACAUUUCAGUGCAUUUGUUUUAAUGUGCACUUAAAAAGUGCAGUUAAAAUAACCAAAUCAUGUUUUGGGAUAUAUUUGGUAAAACAAUACAAAACAAACAGAACAAAGUGCUUAUUAACAAUAAGUGGCUGCUUUGAAAAGUGGUUAUAUUGAAUAAUUAUUUAAUGUUUGGAUAUAUGUAGAUUCCUACUUUAUAUUUCUGAAGGCUGUGUAUUCCCACAGGUUUUGGUUUCUGAUACACAAGUGAACAGUUUAUAGCCUUUUGCUGACUGCAUCCUUCAUAUGUCCCUGUUUUGCCUGUUAUUAAGUCUUAAUUUCAUUUUGAUGUUACCCAUAAUUGCCUCUGAAAACAUCUAGACAGGCUGUAGUGAUCUCACUUCCCAGAAAGCUCAAAGUCGUUCCUUGUCUGGCUUUCUCAAAGCUGGAAUAGCAAGACGACUUACAAAUGGCAAUAUUUACCUCUGUUCAGGUCUAAAUAGGUUCAUCAGUUCCCUUAAAUCUUAUACAGGUAGAGGCUAAGCAUUUUUAAAAUAGUAAUGUCUGGCGGACAGGUUGUUGGACUGCUGAGCUGAACUACCAGUGUCCUCCAUAUUACAAUCAAGUGCAAAAACAAAAAAAGAUUGCUGAUAGAGAAAUUACUCUUUAAAAUGUUUAGCAUCAUUAAUCAUUAUCUACACACCAUUCACAAAAGUGAAUGAGACCAGAUUAAUGUUGUCGCUGAGGCCCAUUUUUUUCUACUUUUAUUUCUACGUAUACUUUAUGACUCCAAGAAGAAAUACAAUUAGAAUUUGUUUGAAUUAAAAAGUGAAAAGAUAUGUUGACAUUUAGAGAACGAAAUGUCUUUUCCAUAAAAAACCCUCCAAAAACUUUAAACCAUUAUUAUUUAUGCUUAGCAUUCUAACUAUUCAUACCACUGGAAAAUGUAGUUUUAAAGCAAUACUUUAAUUUAACCAACAUUUUUUUUCUUACUGUAAAUAAUUACAUUGCGGACUGGUGCAACCAGAGUCCUUUAUUCCGUUAAAAGUAUCUUAGCAGGGAGCUAAAGAUUAAGGGUGAUGACAAGGAGGC